CGAACUUCUUUCUCGAACACGGUGGCUGGAAUGCAUCUUCAAGUAUGGGAUGACUGGCAGAAGUCUUCUAUCAUGGUCUCUCCAGCAGCGGAUAUUGCCCGAGUGUUGAACGGGCUCUUCAAAAUCUCUCGUGGUGAAGUAGAUAACAUUACGGUGCUCGGAUACAAUGAAUGUGCAUUUAUCGCCGGGAUUGCGCAGUGGCUAUUCAACUUUACUGUUCGGGUGGAGGAAGAGAACGGACGUCUGGUUUACACGAAUACGCCUGAGCAUAAAACCGCUCAAGUAACAUUGCGCUAUGUUGCAGUCGACCUUCAACGGCAUUCAUUACUCUUGGCAAAUACAACUUACGUUUUACGGUCGCACACAUCACUACUCAUCCAAACCCCGGAUCAGAGUAUUCUCAAAUUUGCACUGAGGGCACCUUGGGAUGAAUGCUUAUCUCGUCUUUUCGGAGUGGCGGAUUUCAACAACAGACUCAUCAAGAACGCCAAAACAUUUGGCGGUUUUCUCGGGAGCAUCGCCCGUAUAUACGCCGCUGUUGCCAAGGGCGAAAUGGAACUUGAAUCAGAAUCAAAGAAAUCAGUGACAGAGUCCAACUUCAAAUAUCUCUCAGAAACUGUAUACGGGCGAGGCUUCGCUCAAAGCGUUAUCUCGACUUUCCCAGAGCUCAAAUGCGGGAUUGGUUUUCUGGACAGUCUGGACACAGCUAUCGGGGUCACUCUUGACAUUGCUCGCCGAGACAUCGAAUUUCAACUGCGGUCGUUACAAUCGCUUUGUUCUUGUCUUACUUGUCACCCGCAUAUGCUGAAAUACCAUAGUCGCUGCUUGGUUGUUAUGGCAUUCACCCUCUAUCACCUGGUCUUAAUCGUUUCUGGCGUAGAGUACCCGCCAGACCUACACCCAACGCUUUCCGGUCUUGAAGAAAUAUACCAAAACUGCACUUUCAUAUGGGGAUACCGCGGCAUAGGAUCGCCCCCAAAAGGCCAUCAGACUUGGGAAUACUGUCUUGAUCAACUCCGAACCUUGAACAGUAAUGAUAUAAACCGCAGACAAGCGGACGAAUUCAAGGAGCCCGUACCUGGAUCGUUAG